AAUAUUAUUGUCAUGGCAACAUAACAAAAUGGCGCUCUUAGCUCCACUAAGGAGAGUUGAAAAGUUUGGUCUUGAGGUUCCUGCUAACGUCACGUACCCUAAAUGGGAGCCUGGGGGAGAGUAUACCAAGUCUGUUGUGAUUAAAAAUGUCAAUAUUAAGACUCAAAAGAUAAAAUUCAAGGUCUCCAGCAAUGCUUUCUUCAGUACAUUAUAUCCUCAGCCUAUUGUAUUGAGUGCUGGUAACACUUACUCACUGCCCAUCACCUUCAGACCAACAGAAAAGAGUGACUAUGAGGACUUUAUUGAAUUUGAAACAAAAGAAGGAGCAUUCAGAGUGCCACUGUAUGCACUGAUACCACAGCCCCACCUCACAGUACCUGAAUCACUUCAGUUUGGAGUCUGUGGAGUAAAGGACACAGUAACUAUUGACAUUACCAUCACUAACACUGGGUUUGUGCCCACUGAGUUACGUUGGGAGUGUUUCCCUCCCUUUGAGAUCACCCCAUUAGUUGCUGGUUUAGGAGUAAAGGAAUCCAUUGGCCUUAAGGUAUCCUUCAAGCCACUGACCGCCACUGUACACAGUGUACCUGCUGUCCUUCAUUAUGGAGAAGACCUCUCUCUCAGCAAGACUAUGAAACUAAUAGGAACAAGUAAAUACCCUCAUCUUGAAGUAAAGCACACAAAGACGAGCUCACCAGUGAAGUGCAGGUCACCAGUGAAGAGGAUAAGACCAAGGCAGCAUGAGUUUGAUGGAUCAGUGAGGGUUCAGUUUGGUGAUGUACCAGUUGGUAUUGUGUCUGAAGCUACUAUAGAGAUUAUCAACACAACCCCAGUUCCAGCAUCAUUCACAUUGCUCCCAGAAUCAGAGACUCACCUUAAAGAUGUCCUCCUUACCUUCUCUCAUUCUGAAGGGACCAUACCUCCAUUUGGAACACUCAUCAACAAGCUCUAUUAUGCUCCAUCAUAUCCUGAGCAAGUAUCUGCUAGAUACUUUAACCUCAAUACAGUUGGUGGAUUGGGCAGCACUAGGAUCAUAUGUACUGGAAAUCCAAUAAGUCCUGGGUUGAGUUUAAUGGAAGAAUGUGCUAAUUUUGGUAGUGUUGAGUGUGGCCAGUCAUCAACUGUUGUAGUUCAUAUUAGGAACACUUCAAAUGCUCACUGCCUUUAUCAAGUUCUUAUUGAUCCUGAGUGUGUCUUUCAUGCUGAUAGUCCUUGUGGGGAGAUCAAACCUGAUUCUGUCAAUCCUCUCAUUCUCCAUUUCUCUCCUAAUAAACCACACCCCUACCACAGGGUCAUUGAAAUACUCUGUCUCAACCAGGAGCCAUUGACAUUACAUGCAAUUGGAUCAGCUUACACAGACACCAUUAGACCAGUUGUUCUUAAACCUCAUCAUGUGUCAUUGUACAAGUCUGCUGCUUAUUCUGGUCUAUCAAGAUACCCACCUGAAUUUUUAGAUGAAUGUAUUGAGAAUGGAUCAGUAGCAAUAGACAAAGAUGGUCUCCUACUGAUAACAGAAAAUGCUGAUCCACAGAUUUAUCAAAAUGCCUCAGUUUCAGGAGGUGAACAAGGGAAGCAGCAACACUCCUCAAUGUAUACUAGAUACCUUCAACCAGAGAAUGAGCCAUAUGAGUCCACUCAUGUCAGUAUUGAUGUGGAGUCUAUUGACUUUGGGUUUACUCCAUAUCGGAGGUCAUCAGAGAAAAAGGUGGUAACUAUUACCAAUCAUACUGAAGGGAACGUGUACUGUGUCUGGAGUACUGAGAGAGGAGAAGUGUUUCAGGUUGUACCUUCUGAGAGACAGAUUCAUCCAAACACUACAGUUGUAUUUGAUGUUACAUUCUGGCCUGAUAAACCCAAUCAGCUGUUCUCUCGUCAACUUGAGUGCUACAUUUGUUACAAAUCAUUACGUAAUUACAGUAUGGUUAAUGAUCAAGUGUUGAUACUGCCCUGGUGUCUUCACCUCAGGGCCAUUGCUCAUAGCUUCUCUCCAGGGACCGAGCCGUUCCUCCCCUCCCUCUCUUUCAAUACUUGUAACAUUGUCUUCCCUAGUACAAUAGAGAAACGGACGGUCUAUAGGACACUAGUGGGUAGGAACAGAGGGGACACUCCUGUCAUGUUCAAGUUUACUCCUGACCCUACAAGUGUGUUUGAUAUAAAGCCUGAGUGUGGUCUCAUUACUGGUGUCCAUCAGUUGUUUGUUCUCUCAAUGUCUCCAAAGUUUCCUCAACUUUAUGAAUCAAUACUGAGCUGUACCAUGAACAACUGCCCUGACUAUAAACAAGAUCUGUUGCUUUCUGGAUUAGCUGAUACUCCCAAAAUUGAAAUAAGCAAAGGAAAUGUGUAUUUUAUGCCAACACUUAUUGGUAGCUAUUCUGAAGUGAAUCUGAGCAUUAAGAAUCCUUGUGGCCUGCCUGUGAGGGUUGUAUGGCAGACAAGAGGGCCCCAGGCUCACAUCAUGAGUGUUAAUCCACAGAUACUAUCAAUAGGUCCGUGUGAUACAGCAGGAGUAUCCUUUAGAUUCAGCCCAUUGGAAGAGAAAGACUACUGUGUCAAAGUUGUUGCUGUCACGACAUUUAGAAACCUCAACAUAGAGAAGAGUGCCCACAGAUACAAGUAUGCCAUUAAGCUUCACGGACAUGGAGGAACUGGAAACAUUAAGUGUUCAAGGAAUGAGAUUGAUUGUAAGUCUGUCAGUAUUGGGACCUCAAGGAGACACCAUAUUGAACUGGAGAAUGUCUCAAACUGUACUGUGAGUUUUAGACUAGGACUAUCACAGGUCAUUGAAUUUGAAGAUAAUACUAAAGAAGAGGUACCCCUUGGGAAAACCACCCAUGGUGUGGAGUUGAGUCAAGCUGAAGGAGGAUUAGCUCCACAUUAUAAGCUGCCACUCACUUUAACACUGCGACCAUCACAACCAGGACUCAUACACUCAUCAUUAUACUAUAGACUCACUGGUGAUAAUAAUACUGACAAUAGAGGAGAGACUAACUUAAUGGCUAACAGGAAUAAUGGCUGGGUAUUGCUGUGUAGCUUCCAGUUCAGAGGAGUGUAUCCAGGCCUUUGUAUCAUUAAUGUGCAAACUGAUGGAAUGACUGCUUCACUGAGUAAAUCUCAAGUUUGGAACAUGCUGCAGAUUGACAGGUUGAAUUACUUCCUUAAUCAGUACCCGUCAGCUGAAGAGCUCAGAUACACAAUAUCAACAAGACACAGUGUCACUCGUAAGGUCCCCACACUGACAAGAGCUUUUGUUGACUUUAACUUUGGCACUGCAGCACUGGCCAAGGAGAAGGAGAGUGUUUAUUAUUUAUUAUUAGAAAACAACUCAAGUGUCCCUACUGAAUGGGGAUUCCAGUUCCCAGCGGAUAUGUAUUUGGAACCAGAGUAUUGGUCUGAGACUGGUUGUCUUAACGCUACAGAGCAGCAUGAGUUUGAUGUUGUGAAGAAUGGUCUUUAUACCAUAAGUCCAAAGAGAGGAGUCCUUAGUGUGGGGGAGAGGGUUAUUGUUAGGUGUUCUUACCGUCACUCUACCCUUGGGCUCAGUCAGCUACCAGUCUUGCUAAAGAUUAACAGAGGAAGAGAGAUAAUGCUUAAUUUCAUUGGAUCAACCUCACCAGUCAACAGUCCAUCCAUUACUUAUCUUUCUCCUGUACAUGUCUUUGCUCCAGUUCCUAUUGAUGUUCAGUCUCAUCAAAUUCAAUACUUUGGACUCACUAACUUUGGAGACACUACUGGAGCUUACUCCAUAGACACUGCUCCACUUGAUGAACUAACUGCUACUAAUUAUGGGAUUUGUAUUCUCAAGUGUUUGGAGCCAGAGGGUAUACUACCUCCCAGACAAACAACUCCCAUACCUUUUGUCUUCUCACCUACUGAAGCUAAAUCAUACACAUUUGAUCUGUCGGUUUGUUUAUCAACUGGAUCAAUACUCACUAUUAGUUUCCAAGGAGAAGGAUUAGCUACUGACUUGAUAUCAAAAAUUGAUUUGGAACCUGUCACUCAAAAUAUUCCAGAAAUAUCGGACCUUAAACUACCUGACCAGAUGAUAGGACAAUCACAGGAGAGGUUCAAUUUAGGGAACAUUCCACUUUAUGCCGUGGUGAGGAGACUAAUAUUUCUAAAGAAUCAAUCACAGUAUAGCUUAUCAUUCAAUUGGGAACUCACCGGACACCUUUUGGAAAAGAUUGUAUCAAUACAUCCAAAGUCAGGAUACUUACAACCCAGUCAAGCCAUCACUUGCCGCAUUACAUUUCAUGCACUUAGUUCUCCUGCUGUCUAUGAUACUGACAUCACUUGCAAGAUUGUUAAUGAAUCAGAGCAAGUUGUUUACAAGAAGAAGAUGGAGGAAUGGAAUAAAAGUGGCAGUGACAGUCAGCAUCACUUUACUAUAGCUGAUCCUGAGACCAAAACAACUCCAAGGGUAACUGGACAUACAACAGGAAAGACUUACGAGGAAUGGAAGAAAUUUGACCUUUCUGUUAAGAGUAAGACUAGGACACGGAAAAGACUGAAAGAGGAAAUCAAAGCACCAGAGCCUCCAACUGUACAAUAUAUACGUAUUGGGAUUACAGCUAAAACACACACAAUAUCAGACUAUUCUAAAUUAUUUGAUGAUUUUGAUAGUUACACGAUUGAUCAACGCUCCCUCUCAUUCAACCACUCUCCCCCUACUAAUGAGAAAGGAAUGGUGACUGUUAAAAGAAGUGAAAGUGUUACUGUUGAUGCUAUACUUACUCAAAUGCUAAGAGAGUUGCUAACUGACAGUAAUUUCAAGAGUUCACUGACCACUCUAGUUCAGGAACCAGUACCUUUCUUCUCUCAGUUCAGUUCUAAAUAUCAGCCAACAUCAGUGGCCAUUGACAGCAAGGAGACACUGGUAGCCGCUCGUCACGUUUAUGCUGCUAGACUAGAGAACCUUCCUAUGGAUACUGCAGAACAAGGUUCUUCCUCAUCCUUUCAUUUUGAAAGAGACGACAAACCACUUGAAACAGUAUCAGCCAUUAGUGUUGGCUUACCUGAACCCCCACCUCCUCUUGCAGCACUCAACUGCGAAGACAAGAUUGGAUUUGAAAUUAAAAAUUCUCCAGAGUUUCAGGUCAUGACUGAGAAGACAGUUGAGAAUAUUCUGUUAAACAUUGUUCGUGAGUCGUUAGCCAAAGAACUCAAUCUAUCAGCUCCACUCUACACCAUCGCCAAACCUCCAAAGACAAUGUAGCUAUAUUAUAGUAGAAAGAAGUAUACUACAAGUUUGUUUUGAUAUCUACAAAGUUAAAAUGUAUACAAAA